AAAUUAGUUCAUUUCACCUCAUAAACGUCUGUUGAGUAUUGAAUAGAUCGGUUAACGCAUUAGGCGGGGAUUUUGAAUUUUUGCAGAAUGACCUGCACCAGGUUGAAUGCCUAUUAUAUACCGGUGUACACCGCUAUUUCCGUUUUUGUCCUAAUCGGUCUUUAUUACAUUCUCAGCGGUGAAGGUCAUAGAUUCGACAUAGGAUGGGUUCUCGCGGGAACAUCACCAUAUCUGUGGGCUGCAAUGGGUGUUGGAUUGGCUAUCUCCUUGUCUGUCGUUGGAGCCGCUUGGGGUAUUUAUAUAACCGGCUCUAGUAUUCUCGGAGCUGCUGUUAAAGCACCUCGGAUUCGUACAAAAAAUUUGGUCAGUAUUAUUUUUUGUGAAGCUGUCGCCAUUUAUGGAAUCAUUACAGCGAUUGUUAUGCUAAGUCAAAUCGGGUCAUACAAUCCAGUUGGAGCUAGCGAGGGCAUAAUUCGUCAAGCACAUCGGGCUGGUUAUUCAAUGUUUGCAGCUGGUCUGACUGUUGGUUUCUGUAAUCUGAUAUGCGGUGUCUGUGUUGGGAUGGUUGGUUCAGGUGCAGCUUUGGCAGACGCGGCAAAUUCUGCCUUAUUCGUUAAAAUACUCGUCGUGGAGAUAUUCGGUAGUGCUAUUGGAUUAUUCGGUAUCAUUGUGGCUAUUCUUCAGAUUUCUGGGAAGAAGAUUUCCGACAAAGGUUAAUAUAUAUAUAUAUAUACAUAUAUAUGUGUUGUUGAAUAAACAUUGGAGGAGUUUGAAUGUAGUUUUCUGUCUACACUACAACCUCCGCUGUGUAAUCACGCCACACCGCUCCUCACACAGUUAAUUUAAUCUGCAUUAAAGUAAUCAAGCAUAGAGAAAAAACAAUUUUCAGUUGAUAUUUCUCAUUCAUUACUCUGUUUAAUUUAAUCCUUUUUCUACUCUUCCUCAUUUAUUUGACAUAUUUUUUGAUCACGAUUGAUCAUGAUUGAUCUCUGAUAAUCAAUCAAUAAUUUCACAGAAAAUUAUAUACUACUGAUUAGUUGAGGUGAGUAGUAGUAAGUUAGUUGCAUACUCAUACUCAUACUACUACCCAGCAGUGAUUUCACUAUUACUUCCUCGCGGUGGCGUGCGGGGGGGGGGGAGGGUAUUAUAAUUUACUAAAAUUAUCUCACUUCAAAGUGUUCUCUCCCACACUUAUUCAUAUUUAAUGGAAAUUAUUAUAAUAUUAUAUAUUUAUUUUCUGUUGAAUAUAUAUAAACAUACCUAAUGCAUAAUAAUAAUAAUAAUAAUAAUAAUAAUAAU